AGUUGAAUGGUAAUUUUUUAAAAAAAUUCGUAGCAAAAAGCUGUCGUUGUCUCUGCCACGUACUCAUUCUCUGUUCCUCUCGAACACAUCACAUGAUGACUUCAUCUCCCUCCACUGUCCCUCACUCACUCACCAAACUCUCUUUCUUCCAUACCCGAAUUCUCAUUUUAGGACCCGACCCGGUUUAUAACCUUAUGAAGCGGGGCAAGAAGAACUCGGAUGCGGGUGACCCACUCACCAACUCGGAUACUCGAACCGGGUCUAGCGAAUCGAAUGCGAUGAUGAAACCAAGUUUGAGUUCGAUAAAAUCGAUGGGUCUACUUCUGGCGGUUCUUAUGGUUGCUUCGGUUAUGUUCUCUCUGUCGGUGGUGCUCAGAGACCCACCUUCCGAUGAUGUUGUGGAGACUGAUGCAGCCUCUAGGGUUCUCCUCCAGAUCAGAUUGCAUCAAGAUGGUGGACUUAGCGAGAAGAAGGAACAGCUCGGCGACUUUAAUGUUGUGCCUAGUUUUGAUAAAGAAUCAUGCUUGAGCAGGUAUGAGGCGAGUUUAUAUCGAAAGGAAUCGCCUUUUAAGCAAUCCUCUUACCUGGAUUACAGAUUACAAAGAUAUGAGGAUCUUCAUAGACGGUGUGGACCAUUCACUACAUCCUAUAACUUGACACUUGACAAACUCAAGUCAGGAGAUCGGUCUGAUGGCGAAGUUUCUGGUUGUAGAUAUGUAAUAUGGUUGAACUCCAAUGGUGAACUUGGGAAUAGGAUGCUGAGUCUAGCUUCAGCUUUUCUUUAUGCUCUCUUAACAAACAGGGUUUUACUUGUCGAACUAGGACUUGACAUGGCUGAUCUUUUCUGCGAGCCAUUUCCAAACACUUCUUGGUUUCUUCCCCUAGAGUUUCCGCUCAACAGCCUGUUCAAUGAGCAGUCUCUUCUUCGCAAUUCUGGCAACCCGAUGGUUGCAUAUCGACAUGUAGUUCGUGAUUCCGGUGACCAACAAAAGCUUUUCUUUUGUGAGGAAAGUCAAGUUUUGUUGGAGGAAACCCCGUGGUUGAUCUUAAAAGCGGAUAGUUUCUUUCUCCCAUCUCUCUUCUCAGUCUCGCCAUUCAAGCAGGAACUUCAAAAGCUCUUCCCGGAAGAAGAAACAGCUUUUCACUUCUUGAGUCGGUAUCUCUUUCACCCAACUAAUGUUGUCUGGGGUCUCAUUACACGAUACUAUCGCGCAUAUCUUGCUAGGGCUGAUCAAAGAAUAGGAAUCUAUAUUGGAGUCUCUGAGUCUGGAAAUGAUCAGUUCCAGCAUUCGAUAGAUCAGAUUCUAGCUUGUGGAACUAGACAUAAGCUGCUUCCUGAAGUUGACAAACAAAGACAUCUCCCUUCAAGCCAAGUUCUGAACCGAAAAUCAAAGGCAGUGUUUAUCUCAUCUUCUUCUCCAGGGUAUUUUGAGAGUAUCAGGGACUUAUAUUGGGAAAACCCAACAGUGAUGGGAGAGAUAAUCAGCGUUCACAAGCCGAGCCACAAGGACUACCAAAAAACCCCGAGGAACAUGGAAAGUAAGAGAGCAUGGGCUGAGAUAUACCUUCUGAGUUGUUCUGAUGUGCUGGUAGUCACAAGUUCAUGGUCCUUGCUCGUGGAGGUGGCUCAUGGCCUUGGAGGGUUGAAGCCAUGGGUACUGAAUAAGGCUGAGAAUGGGUAUGCCCAUGAACCUUACUGUGUGAGAGCAAGAUCAAUAGAGCCCUGUUCCCAAGCGUCAUUGUUCCAUGGCUGUAAAGAUUGAAACAUGAAUAGAGUCUCGGGGGCCUU